AUGUUGCAGGUCUGGCUUACUGGUCACAGACCAAUCUUGCUGCAGUGCAAAUUGCCCAUCAAUGCCCUGUUUAACAACUUGUUCAAUCAUGAUGCCGACUCAGCAGGACUGGCUUACUGGAUAGGGCAAAUCGAAAAUGGCACCUUCACCAUCGGCCAGGCCGCCAUUGCUAUCCUGGCUGGGGCCACCGGGCCAGAUGCUGCCUGCGUCACCGCCAAGCUUGUCGCUGCCAACGGUUUUACCAGCAAAAUGGCUGCAAGCACAUCUUUGCAAGCCGCUUAUAGCCAGGCCAACGGUAACGCCUUUGAUCUCGCAAAAAUCUGGCUGGCAGGCCGGCCAAGGUGA